GUUCAUGCUUUGGAUAAUACGGAUUUGAUUGUGCGUCUGUGCGCACUUCAUCGAGCGCAGGCGAACUUGUCUGUGAAAGUUUUACCCACUCACACACAAAGCGCAAUGGCCAAACGUAAGCCCUGGCUGACGGCAUGUUGCGUCCUCCUUAUUGUGAUUUGCGCUGUUGCUCUUGUGAGCCUGUGCAUCUCCACGCUUCUUGGUGCGGGUUGCUCCGGCGGCAGAUUCAGACAUGCGGCUGUUUCGGCAGACUCGCAACUUUGCUCUGAGAUCGGAAAGAACAUGCUUCUCCAGGGCGGCUCGGCAGUAGAUGGCGCCAUUGCAGCUCUCCUCUGCACAUCUGUGGUCAACCCUCAGAGCAUGGGAAUAGGAGGAGGCUCCAUUGUGGUUGUCAGAAAUAAAACAGGCAAUGUUAAAGUUUACAACUUCAGAGAGUCAACCCCACAGUCAUUCAAACCUUCUCUGUUAGAAGACUGUCCCACUAAAUUCGGACUGUCCGCAGGUAGUCAGUGGAUUGGCGUUCCCGGGGAGCUGCUGGGCUACGAAGCCCUGCACAGAGAGUACGGGAAGUUGUCCUGGUCCAAACUGUUUGAGCCAACCAUUAAACUGGCCAGGGAAGGAAUCCCCUUGCCACCAUACCUGGCUCGCUUUAUGACCCACAAGAUAGUGAAGGCGUAUGUGGAAACGUCAUCUCUGUGCGAAGUCUUUUGCAACAAGAACAAAACGAUCCUGAGAAUGGGCGACACCCUGCAGUUUUCUAAACUUGCAGAAACCUUGGAAAUCGUUGCAAAGGAAGGAGCAAAGAAAGCCUUUUACACUGGCAGGAUUGGACUUGACUUAAUCCAAGACAUUAAAGACGCAGAUGGAACAUUAACAAUGGACGAUCUGAAGUCUUACAGGGUGCGGGUUGACAGUCCAUGGACAGUUUCUCUGGGAAAUCAUAAGAUGCACAUCGCUCCGCCGCCUUCCGGGGGGCCGCUUCUAGCUUUCAUUCUCAGAAUCAUGAAAGGGUUCUCGUUAACGCCAGACUCUCUGGUUGGUGAAAAGAAGAUUCAGAUGUACCAUCGUUACAUAGAGGCAGCUAAAUUUGCUAACGGACAAAAGAGGAACAUUCGAGAUCCUGUCUACAGUAGCAGCAAGAUUGCUGAUCACUUAAUUGAUCCUUUGUUCGCUGAUCGCAUAGCGAGGCUGAUAUCCUCGAAUAGCACACAUGAUAACUCCUAUUAUCUCAACCACAAGCCUUCGCCUGAUAACUUUGGAACGACUCACGUUUCUGUCAUUGAUGCGGACGGACUCGCAGUCUCGGCCACCAGCACCAUAAACCAGCUGUUUGGAGGAGCCGUCUACUCUCCACGAACGGGGAUCAUCCUCAACAACGAGCUUGCCGACUUUUGUGGGAGAGUCGAUUCAAUAAGGAGAGGUGAACAGCCGCCGUCCUCGAUGACUCCUCUUAUACUGGAGAAAGAAUCUGGAGGGAUCCUUGUGAUGGGAGGGUCAGGAGGAAGUCUGAUCACCACAUCAGUGGCCUUGUCUCUAAUAAACCGCCUCUGGCUGGGGAUGAGCUUAAAAGACUCUAUUGCUGCUCCUAUAAUCUUCGUCAAUUCAAAGAACGAUGUGAAUUUUGAACCAGGAUUCGAUCAGUCCGUCAUAAAAGGCCUUACGCAUCUUGGACACAAACCUGGGAACUGGUCGUUCUUUUUAAAUGUGGUCAACGCCUUGGAGAAGGAGGACGGCUGCAUAGCGGCAGUGUCGGACAGCAGGAAGCUGGGAAUGUCAGCUGGAUACUGAUCAUGAGGAUCAGGCGUAACCGUCCACAAACCUAUUUUCUUGGACUAACUGAGCCUUUAGGAUUCAUACCGGUGAAUGUGGUGCAGCUCUGAAAAACAGAAUGUGAAUGAUGCUGUCUUUUUAUAUUUUGUUUGCCUUUUAGGAAGAAAUAUGAAUGCUCAAAAGUUGAGAUCAUUUAAUCCACCUUGAGAGAUAAAAAGCUGGUAACGAACUCCACCUUUUGAUUUUAAAAAGUGACUGAAUGUAGGCACACAUCUGUAAAGUAUUAGUCCAAUGCUAUAUAAAAGUAAAGAAAAUGAAUCACGACCAUGAACAUAUUUUAGAUGAAGACAGAUACAGAUUAUAAAUGAAUACUGUAUAUCCAUCCAACACAUUCUUCUUUUUGUUUGUUUGUUUUUACAUAUAUGUUGCCUUGUGCGGCUACAGAACUGUGCAGAAGUUUUAAACCUAUCCAAUAUAAGCAAAUAAGAAGCAAAGAUUUGACACAGAAUGAUGUUUAAUUGAUGCACUUUGGGAGAGAGAUUACAUUGGGUUCAUGCCUCACUGGUAUUUUCUCAGAUUCAAAUAGGACUGGGUCUCUGUUUCAGGUUGCCUUUAGGCCUAAAGUGCCUAAAGAAACCAGUUUCAGUUUGUUUUAUUUUGUCUGUCACAUGAGACAAAACUUGCUCAGUGUACAAGUUUUGCAAAACAGUACCAGCAACCCAAAAGAAAAAGCACAAACUAGUCUGAAAAUGAUUGUAGGAAGCAGCUAAAGUCCGAAGAAAUAAACUGAACAAUCUUCACAACGUCUUGAAUCAAAAACAAUUUUCCUCCUGGUGGUUUGAGACUUUUGCACAGUGCUGCACUAGUGUUUAGAAACAGUAAUGUUGAGAUGCAUUUUCUAAAGAGCACUGCUACCCUUGUUCUCAUGAAAUGGGUAUAAAAGUUUCUGAAAGACUGACUUUGCAGUCGACAUUUAUCACUUUGCACUGUUGACCCAUAUUUACUCUGUUACAUGUAGCAACAUAAAUGUGUUUUUUUUUCUAUCUGAACUAGUCGAUUUGUUGGUCUUUGCUACGACAUGUGAGCCAGUUAGCCUCUUAAAAAGACACUAAAACCUUUUACUGUGACUUUUAGCAUCUUACUGUAUCUGAGAGCCUUAUGUUUCCAAUGUUUUAGAUUCAAUAUGCUGUAAAA